AUGCCCCGGGCGGCCGCUCCAAGGUCUGCAGCUCCGUUGCCACUGCCUUUGGAAGAGCUGCGGCCCUUUCCUGGACAGGCCGAGGAGAGCGGCCACGAGGUGCAGCGCCCCACCGAGCAGUCCACCAGCCCAAGCGAAUCGACAGAAAGCGACACAUCAGAGGAGGUGCUGCGUCUCCCGUGGCUCGACGUUCAGGCCCGAGGUUCCAUCGCAAUGUCUGACCUGAACUCCGCGGACACUGCUCAACUGAGACGUGCAGGCAAAGGCACUUUGGCGGCAUCAGUCAAGCUCUCGUCACUUCUCAUCGGUUUUCUGCGUCGACGCCAGCGACGCAGACAUGGGGAACUUCAGCAAGGUUCUUGA